AUAGUUUAUUCACUCUCUCCAAAAGAAAAACCCUGACUGUUACGGGAAUGGCGCCAUCGAACAACUCCGAUGAACUGAACUUCGAAACCUGGGCUCCAAAGACGAAAACCACACUGAUACAGAAAGGACUAUGGGACGUCGUCGAAAACGGAGUCCCACCGGAUCCAUCGACGAACCCAAAGCUAUCAGCGACGAUUCAACCCGAAGAACUCUCGAAAUGGAGAGAUAUCGUGGUGAAAGACACGAAAGCGCUUCAGGUAAUGCAAUCAUCCCUUCCGAACUCUGUUUUCAGGAAGACUCUCUCCGCUUCUUCGGCCAAAGACGCUUGGGAUUUGCUUAAAAACGGUAACAUAGCGGGGAGUUCGAGUGUAGCAAGGCGUGGUAAGUGCUGUCAUUGUGGUGAACAAGGGCACCUUCAGGAAGAACAAGUCGAAGUUCAGUACUUGAUGUACGCAGAGGAAGCUUUAGGUGAAGGCACUUGUGGUGAGGAUGUGUGGAUGGUACACCCCUGUGGUACCAUGAACCAUAUGACUCCAAACGACAAGUAUUUCUCUGCUUUAGACAGAACACACAAAGCUUAUGUUGGAUUAUCAGACCGAAGUGCGCUCAGGGUUGAAGGAAGAGGAGAUGUGAAGAUUAUGAUGAAGGAUGGGACGAAGAAGAAGAAGAAGACUAUAAAGAAUGUGCUUUUCGUUCCUGGGUUGAAGGGAAACGUCCUGAGUAUUGAUCAGAUGAUAGCAAGAGGCUAUUCAGCAAAAAUUGAACAUCCAAGAAAAUGCACGUUUCGUGACAGGACUGGGGCGGUGUUUGGGGAGCCUGUGUGGGAUGAGAGAGGACCAGCUCUGCGUUUGAAUGUGGUUGAAGGUAAUCUCACCUCUUAGUUUGCUCUAUGCUUGUCACUUUGGUAACGGACGUAACUCGUAAGGUGGACGUAUGUGUUGUUUUUUUCUGACGGUUUGGUGUUAUUAUGUUUUCGGUUUGGUCGUUUUGUUGCUAGUUUGCUUACUGCAGUAGUAUGAAUCAGUCUGUUGUCUUUUAAACCUUG